AUGCAGGACGAACUCCGCAGAAAAGCAAGAAAGGAGCUGGAGGGAUACUGCUCACGGCUGUCAAAAACCAUAAAUGAUCAAAAUUUAACUAAAAAAUUAACAGCUGAUGAGAAGAAAAUAAUGAGAAAUAUCAUUAACAAUCCAUUCAUGUGGAUAGAUAUGAAUACGAAAGAUAGUCAAGAGGCAUUCGAACAGAAAACGAAAGAACUGAUCGAAAUUUGUUCACCACUACUAGAUAGAAUUGACAAAGGUGAAACGCCUGGUGAUCCAGGAGAAACAGUUGGAAGACCCUUACAAAAAGUUAAUGAAAAUUCAUUUUCUCCCAUCAUCUCAAAUAUGAUAGAAAAAAGUAGGAAUGUAUAA